AUGGUCGCAUACCCACAAUGGCCCCCGGGAGACUGCGCCGACAGCGUUAGCCAGAGCUCCUGCAGUAUAAAAGAGGGCGUCAGCAACACGAUCGCCUCACCAACACCCCCACAACUCACUCACCACUCCUCGCUCGUCCUUGAUAGCGCACUCGACUCUUCUGCGGCCCCUAUGCCGCCCGACCUCCAGGCCCCUCAUCCGCGAGGGCGCUCACACCUCCCUCGUCGGACAGACAAACCCCUCAUCAACCUCUUAUCAACCUCUUAUCAACCUCUUAGCGCGCUGGCCACCGCAGGCCACCGCUCGAUGUUUACCUGGAAAUCCGAGGCAGAGCGUGUACAGGCGCAAGCGGACGCAGAGUAUGCGCUCCUGCUGCAUCCGGAAACCCUCGCAUGGCGCUUCCAGACCACGGGCCGCAAACUGGCACGUUACGUCGGGGAGGGCAAGAAGCAUCUCUUCACCGUGAAUCACCCGUACGCGUCCCGAGUUGUUACUCGACCGCGGCCAUGCUUCAGGCGAACAGUCGAGCGCGUGCCGUACGACCCCUCCGGGCCAAGCAGUCGAUAG